AUGGAUCAAUCGCAGAAUCCUUACAUCAGUCAUAUUCUUCCGGUGGCGUAUGAAGACGAACUGAUGAUGCAUGUCGUAUUGGCUGUUAGUGGCGCCCACCUGUCACAUAAACUUCCAAACGUACCAUCGCUCGGUCGUGCUACCCAACAACAUUACUCGUACGUCUUACGGAGUCUGCAAAGCGAGAUCCAGCAUUGCUUCUCUCGCGACACUAAGCGCGUCAUCUGUCUUUUAUUCGUUGCGGCAUUGCUCUGUGUUUACGAAGUGCUCGCUGGAUCCACUUAUAAGGUAUUAUCCUUCCAUCUUCGCGCAAUCAAGCAAGGACUUCGGCACCUACGUGAUGUAGGAUAUUCUAUCCCUGCUCGAGCCAAUGAGACCGAGAAGAUUUUGCAUUUCAUCUGCGAAGGAUAUUCGUACAUGGAGUUCUGUAACCUCAUCACACCGACUCCUCAAGUGUCGAUACCUUCCGAUUUCAUACCAAUUGUGUCGUCUCUAUUGGGCCAAUCAAUAGCCCAGCCUCUCAGUCCGGUGUUCGGUGGCAGCAGACUAUUGUUCGAGCUGAUCCCGCAAGCUAAUGCAUUACUCUAUCUUCGUCUCACCGAGCAAGCGGAAGGCCAUGUGGAGCCUACAUCGUCUUUCAUGCACAAACACGCAGAACUAAGCAGCGCGAUUGAAGCCUGGAAAAUGGCUCUUCCUAUAGAUGAUUCCAACGGUAGCCAUUCGUUAGGCACUGAACAGGCCUACCUGUCAGCGUGGGCACAAAGCAGCAUGGUCGCCGAAUGCAUACGCAAUGCCUUACGAAUUUACAUGAUGGCCGCCUUUCUCGGUAGCCAGCCGCCAACACCCGAUAUUGAAUUGGCUAUCCAGCACGAAGUGCUUGCAUUCGCACAGACUAGUCGCGCCAUCAUGGACACUAGUUGUGCAUCUAUCAUCCUGUGGGCUCUCAUUGUCGUUGCAACGUGCACUAGAGACGACUUCCUCCGGAGGGAGAUCAUAUAUUCGCUGGACAAUUCACGCUUCCAAAUGCGGCAUCUGGGGCUUGUUCGGCAGGCGUUGGUUUUACUGUGGGCCGAUGCCAGUUCUGGGGCUUUUGGGCCUUAUGGCUUACAGCUUGUUAUGGAGAAAAACAAUAUUGGAUUUUGCAUAUUCUAG